GCCGAGAGCGGCGGGCCCGGGCCUGGCGGCGCCGCGCGGGCCCGAGCGAUGGAGGGGCAGAUGGCGGGGCUCUACGACCUGGGCCGGCGGCUGGGCAGGGGCCACUUCGCCGAGGUGCGGCUGGCCCGGCACGUCUUCACGGGCGAGCGCGUGGCCGUCAAGGUGAUCGAGAAGAGCCGGCUGGGCGCCGCGGCGGCGGCGCGGCUGCGGCGGGAGGUGGGCUGCAUGAAGCUGGUGCAGCACCCCAACGUGGUGCGGCUCUACCAGGUGCUGGAGACGCCGGCCCGGCUCUACCUGGUGCUGGAGCUGGGCGACGGCGGGGACCUCUUCGACCUGCUGACGCGGCGGCCGGGCGGGCUGGAGGAGGCGCGGGCCAAGGGCUACUUCGCCCAGGUGGUGCACGCCAUCGCCUACUGCCACCGCCUGCACGUCGUGCACCGCGACCUCAAGCCCGAGAACGUGCUCUUCUUCCAGCACCAAGGGGUGGUCAAGCUCACCGACUUCGGCUUCAGCAGCUGCUUCCAGCCGGGCACCAUGCUGGCCACCAGUUGCGGCUCCCUCGCCUACUCGGCCCCUGAGAUCCUGCUGGGCGAGGAGUAUGACGCCCCCGCCGUGGAUAUCUGGAGCUUGGGUGUCAUCCUUUACAUGCUGGUCUGUGGACAUCCCCCUUUCCAGGAGGCCAACGACAGCGAGACCCUGACCAUGAUCCUGGACUGUCGCUAUGUGAUACCAUCAGGCAUCUCCCUCCUGUGUGCAGACCUUAUUGCCCAGAUGCUGCAGCGGGACCCCAAGCAAAGGGCCUCCUUGGAGCUAAUUGAAAACCACCCGUGGCUCCAGGGGGUGGACCCCUCCCCAGCCAGCCAUUCUCUUCUGCCGCUGACGUCACACCGGAGGGUUUUGGAGGAGGAGCACGAGAUCAUCAUCCAGACCAUGAUGUGCGGCCACAUUGCAGACCGAGAAACCAUCCAGGAAGCCCUGGAGGCCAAGCGCUACAAUCACGUCACUGCCACCUACUUUCUGCUGGCUGAACGGAUUCUGCGCGAGAAGCACGAGAAGCAGAGCCUGGCGGAGCAGCUCCAGAGCAGGAGCCCGCCAGGCGAGUCCCGCCUCCCUCAGCCCACAGAGCUGCCCCCAGCCACCAAGAGCACCCUGGAGAACAUCGCUGCGGAGUACGCCAGGAAGCCUCUCCUGUCCCGCUCGGCCUCAGGCGAGGGCAGGUCCUCUUCCAGCUUCCAUGGAUGCGGGCAGCCUCUGCGGGCCCUCAUCCAGCCCUCCCUCAUGGAGACAGGCAUCGCCAAGAGCACCCUGGCCCUGCAGCAGAUUUCAGAGGAGGAGGAGGAGGAGGAGGAAGAGGCAGAAGGGAAGCCAGGCCUCUCUCGAAGGCGGACCUCCUCCUUGAACCAAGAGCAGAUGAGCCGCUUCCAGAGCACCGCAUCAUCCCUGCUUUUCUGCCGGGCCCUUGCAGCCCACUACAAAGUGGGCAAGAGCCUCCUCCCUUCACACGCCAAGUCCUCCUGCCCGGAACAAGGGCCUGGGACGGCUCCAGCAGCUCCAGUGGAGCAGGCGUCUCCCAGCAGCCAGUCAGGGGCAGGCCGAGCCCCCCAGACAGAGGAGCCGGGUGGCCGCCUCGGCUUGCAAUCGGGGAGGAGGCCUGCUGAGCCCCCAGGGGAAGCCACCCCACUAGGCAGCCAUGGAGGGGGCCCUGCCAGACCAGAGGUGGCACUGGGCCAAAUUGAGCCCCUCCUGGCAGAGGAAGAGGAGCAGAGCGACCUACUUCCAGCGAGAGGAGGAGAUCCUGUCGAGGGGGAACUCUCGGGGGCUGGGGAGGAGAGCCCCCAGCCCCAGAGCAGCACGGCUCUCCUGCAGGGUGGCUGUGCCCCAGGAACCACUGGAGCCGAGGUGGGGCCAGGGGUGGAGGCCAGGGGCCUUGAGCUGGGGCCGCCCCACGGGGCCAAGGCCUGCUGCGAUGGCCAGAGCAACGGCAGCGGCCAUGACAGCCUCGCGGACAGCAUCAUCAAGCUGGACCCGGCCAAAGGCAAGAACGCUAACCUGAAGGAUCGGCUCCUGCAGUUCCCGCUCUGCGAAAAGGCCCUGGCCUUCCGGAUGCAGCCCAGCUCCAGGGAGAGCCUGCUGUCCUUGGGGCAGUUCAACUGUUGCCACGUCAUCUAGGCAGGCGAAGGGGAAGAGCAAGGAGAGCUCAGGCGGACCUGCGGGGGAGAGCCGGGCAGCGGCAGAGUCCAGUUGCCAAGGUCCGUGCUGGCUGCCUACCUACCUCCUCCCAGGAGGGGCUUCCUGCGUGAGAAGCAAGCAGCUCCCAGCACCCACACACCACCUUUGGCCGGGGCGUUUCCCCUCACGUCCCCCGGCACCCACAACUUUUGAGACGAACCCUCUCCCUGGUCUGUGGUGGAGGAAGGUCUUUGGCUCACUCUGGUGCAGCCGGGAGCUCUGGAGAACUUGGAAAUUGGGAGGAAGCCAAGGCUGUGCUCCUCCGAGUCAAAAGGGAACUUGGGGUGUCUAUGGGCCCUGGAGGUCUUGGAGAAGCAUUUCCAGGAGAUGCAGGAUCUCUCCAGGCCUCUCCAGACCUCCUACUUUAACUUAAGGUAACCGGCCUACAACUCCCGGGUUUUUUUUUACCCCAGGCAGGCAGUGGGCUUGACUUUCCCUGGCAGAGCCCCGGCCAUCUCCCCCUUGUGGGGCCUCCAGGCCAGGGAGGUCAGGCACCCGGCUAACGUCUCCAUCAGGAGCUGUGGAUGAGCUGGCAGCUGUGGAGGGAGGGCCUUGUUCCCUUCUCUCUCUGGCUGCCCUCUCCCCGCCCCUCGGGCAGAGCAGUGGGCCUCAGCUUUAGGUUUGGGAGCGUAGUAGCCACUUCGAAGCCCAGCUCACUCCUGGACCCAGGACCGGGCUGGGGAAAAAGUGUAAGUGUGGCAGAGCCAGAUUGGGGACCUGUGCAGGUGAGAGCAGGGCAGGUAGGUGUUCAUUGCUAAGUCCCCACAUCUGGAUUUGGGCUCUUCAGCAAGAGACCGUGCCACUCGGCUUGGUCGGCUCCUGCCCUCCUUCCUGGCCCCAGCCUCUGCGGGACGAUGAGCCCUUCGGCCAGGCCUCUGCUGCCGCCGCCGCCGCUUCCUCCACCCCCCCGCUCUCUGCCCCGGCUGCCAAGCAGCGGGUGGGUCUUCCCAAAGCACCGGGGCUCUCUUAACCCUGGGGCAGCUUUUUGUAGCAACUGAGGUAUUUUAGCAUAUUUUAAGGUUUAUCACCUAGCCGGGGUUGGCCCUAGGUGGCCAACCUACCUUCUUCCCAGCAUGAGCCAAGCUAUCGUGUUGCCCUCCUUGGCCUGUCUCGGAAGGGCCUUGCUGGGCAGAAGAGGGCCCUCCCCUCCCCUGCUCAGUCUCCUGGGCUCUGUGUUUCUCCCCCAUCCUGUCGCCUGCGCCCAAACUCCCCUCCCCUCCCCGAGGCUUCUGGGGGAAAGCAGCUCUCGCUCUCUGUAUUUAUCCUCUUUUCUUGCUGGCAAGGAAUGGUUUGGGGGGGGGUUGGGGGGGGCUGAGCUCUUGGGAGUUCUGUGUCACGUGCACUGAUGGGAUCGAAGGGAAAGCAAGGCCGACCCAAUAAAAUGAUCACUCUGGAUCCCAAAGCAACUUGUGGCUCCUUGUCAAGAAAAAGCGGAGGAGGAUUUCACCCAGUGGGUUGGUACCACUGAGCCUGGCUGUGCAGGCACAUCAGACCUCGCUCUGCAGGCCAGCCAAGAAUCCCCCCCCCCGGGCAUUCAGCUCCCCCGGCUGUCAGGGUUCCAAGUAAAAGACCCACUGCAAGCAAGCAAGAACUCCGGGAGGGCAGGAGGAUUCCUCAAGGAAUAGCUGCAUUGGAAGCAUCAUCUUGGCACACACCUGGUGAAAACCGACUCUUGGUCUUCGCCUAAUUAAAAAGUAAACGCUUCCCCCCCAACCCCAACCAGUCAGUCACGUGGCCCAGUUACUGCAGCCUUCUUGGUUCCUGAGAGAAAGUAUUUUAUUUUGACUACGCCAGCCCAGCUCUCUCUCUCUAUUCCCCGCUGGCAGCACUGAGGCCCCAAGAUGGCUUCACCCGGGUCAGCCUGAGGGUUGACGGGGGCCUUCGUUUGAUCCGCCAGAGCCAGGCAGCUUUGGGGGCUCCUCUGCCUUUCCCACCUACAACCCCAGAGGAGCCUUUCGAGGGAGAUCUCCAGCCAGGGGGGCUUUUUUGACUAAACUUUCCCUUGUGGGGGCAGCCGCAGACUAGAGGCCUUCUCGGUGGUUUCUCAGAAGAGCAAACCUGCCUUUCAUUUGGCAGCUGAGGGAGGAAGCUUUGAACCCGCUGCAGUGUCUGCUGUGUUGAAAGCCCCUUGUUCUGAUGUCCUUUGGACCUCAAGAGGGUAAGACAGCUGCACUGGGAGGAAAAACUACACAUGGAGAUCCAGUGGUGGAAAUAGGUCAUUGGCCUGUUCUCUGCCAGUCAACUUUUUGACUGAAUUGUCCCAGGGGUUUCUUCUGGUGGGAGGCUUUGGUUGUGGGAAGGAGGCUGUCUCAGGCUGGAUGGGUUCAUUAGCCUGUUGCUCCACAGGAAGGCCGAAACCUGGGGAAUAUCCGUCUUCCCUUGGCCAUCAGCUGGUCAUGCCUCCAAGCAUCCUGGGGAGGUCUGCCGUAUCCAUCUGAGGCUUGAAUCCUGGGAUUGAUGUGGGCCCUGGGCUUCAAUGCACCACUGAGGAUUCUUGAGGGGACCCAAAGGACUGAGAAGUGCCUCUAGCCAGCCCGGUUCUUGUAGGGUCAGAAGCUCCUGGGAAGCCCACCAGCUGGAAAAAAAAAACCACUCCUCUCUGUCCCAAAGCUGCUUUUUCAAGAGGCAGCUGGUCUUUCUGGUUUUUCUUUGAAGACUUUUCGCUUCUCAUCCAAGAAGCUUCUCUUGAAAAAGCACCUUUGGGACAACCAUCACCCGGACGACUGAGAAUCUCCAUAGCCUCUGGUUCUUGCCCAGCACUAUACGUAGCUACGUCUGGGAUGCUGACAGUUUCCUAGUUGAAACUAUGGUUUGAGUCUGUCCGUGUGUGAGAAGAUUAAAGAGUUAUAUAUAUUUGAUUGCUUUUCCCCACGAAGGCUCUUGGUCGCCUUUCACCUGGGCAUUAGUUAGAAUUCAGACUCUGGUGCAUAAGCUCUCAGUGUACAUACAAAGUGAUAAGUCGUAGAUCAUAAAUCAAAAAUACAAUCAUAAAUCAUAAGAUAAAAUGAUUGAUUAAUCAUAAUAUACCAGGAAGCAAUCCAAACCCAGUAAUUUUUCUUGGGCUCUCUGUCACUCCAUGACUCCGAGAUGCAGGGAUUCACACCAAGCUACAAUCCAGUUGAAAACAAAAUAUCCCAAUCAUUUAAUUACUAAGUAGAAAACCAUAUCUUCACCAACAACUGACAGGGCAAACUACAUAAACAAGAGCAAACCCCACACACCCUUGCACUGAAGAUACUAUCUGGUUGGGUUAUGAAAGGUCUGGAGGCAAACAACCCAGCUCAGAGAGCACCAGAGGCCCCAAAGAUUAUAAGGGGUUAUAUGGACAUCAUGGUAUCUGAUCAACCACCAUCUGGCACUUUUCAAGUAUGUGUAGAAUUGCUUGUGAAAAUAUAUACCAUGACCUAAGAUUAGUUUCCUCACCAGGGCGCAAUAACAUCUAUGUAGAAGAUUGCAGGCCAAUUAAGUUGCUUACUUCAAGGUAGCCUAAGGAGAAAUACUACAGAUAAGCCAUCAGUCAUAGCAAGUUUUGCUGGUAAAGAAUCGCAUCUUGCUUUCCUCCCUGCUAAAGAAUGCCAAAAAUACAUGUGCAAUAUUUGGGUGGCUGUGAUGUCAAAGGCAGGUAAGAAUAUCUCAGCAGAUUUAUAUAAACUUGAGCAUACUACACAAGUUUUGGUUUAAUAAAAAUUAGU